CAACCACCACCACUACUACAUUGUCCUCUUUUCACUCUCUCUCCCUUACACCCCUUUUGCCAAAUCUUUCAAUUCUUCAAUCACUCCCUCAAAUUCUCUCAUACCACUUUGACCUCUUCAAAAGCAUUGAUCAUAUACCAGAAUCCCCUUCUUCUUCUUCUUCUUCUUGAAUUCUCCACUUUCUUGAGUUCUUUUCAGGAAUCAAGAAAUGGGUAUUGUAAAAAAUGUCUCUUUCUUGAUGAGUUCUGUGAUGAUGGUGAUGGUAUUGGAGGAAUUGGAUUGGAAGCCAUUAAUGGUAGGGGCAACAAAUACAACUUGGGUUGGUUCAAAGUACCAAGUUGAAUGCAUCAUGUGUGCAGCCUGUGACAACCCAUGUGACGCACCAUCACCCCCACCCCCAACACCACCGCCGCCGCCGCCAUAUUUGCCACCUGCCACCGUCAAUUGCCCACCACCGCCGCCGCCGCCUCGCUCACCAGAACCCUACUACUACUCUUCACCACCCCCACCCCGCCAAGAACCACCAUCACUACCACUGCCGCCAUCUUGCUACAAUUACCCUUCAGCUGGGUGUGUGAUCGGAGGGUAUAUUCCCCCACCGUACAACCCUUUCCCAUCAGGGCAAACGCCGCCACCGCCAAACCCCAUUAUGCCUUACUUUCCGUUCUACUUCCACAUCCCUCCACCGCCGCACUCCUCCCAAUCUUCCCAACUAUUCAAUCCUUCUCUACCAAACUUGAUUAUUAUUACCAUCCACUCUCUUUUCCUCUACUUUAUUAUGUGAUUUAUAAUUACCCUUUUCCUCUUCUUUUGAUUUUACCUCACUAAGAAAAAUAAAAUCAAGAAAGUCAAAAUAAAUGGCCAGAAUCAUAGAUCUGAGAAGCUGGGGGUGUUUUGGAGGAAUUAAUGGAAAUAUUAAGAUUCAGCUCUGGACAAGGAGACAGAAGCAUGCAGGCAAGAUGAGGUUUCUGGCAGAUUUUUGGAUCAAGUGUAUCUGAUGUUUGGAAAAGUAGCUAGAAUUAAUUGCAGUCUUCUUUAAUGUGUCUCCUCAUCUAGCUGGAGUAAUAUGUAAAUCCCUGAACAAUUACUCUCCUCUUUAAUUCUUUUUUGACAUUAGCAUAUUCAUGAUUCAAUUUUGUUCAGUUACAUAUAGUGUCUCCAAUCUCCAUAUUAAAUACUCCCUCUGUCCCCUUUUAAAUGUCCCAUUUUACCAUAUUGGGAUGUCCCUAUUUAAUUGUCUCAUACCUUAUUUGGUAAUAAAGUUUGUGUGGCUCAAAA